AUGAGCCAGCAGUUCCACAGCUCCCAGCAGCACGGUCGGGGCGGUGGUCGCAAGAAAGAAGAUGAGAAUGACGCCUUGAUGCGCCUGCCCGAUAAAGAAAUUGCAGGCUGUAUCAACGAUAUUGGUAUCCCAUUCACAGCCGCCGAUCUGAUCAAGCCAAAUCCUCAGCAGGUCCAGAUGGUGCUCGAAUGGUUUGCGGAGCUUCUCAUGAACACCACCCACAACACUGUGGAACCAGCGAUGCGCGCAGCGGCGGAUGAUAUUUGCGGCGACUUCCCCGACAUUAUCCCUACUGAUACGCGGAACUUGAUGGGUUUCUUUGCCAAUUUGAGGAGACUAAUGGCGGAGUGUGGUGUAAAUGACUUUACGUUCACCGAUCUGACGAAACCCACGCACGAUCGCCUUGUCAAGAUAUUCUCAUACCUCAUCAACUUCGUCCGAUUCCGCGAGUCUCAAACGUCUGUUAUCGAUGAGCACUUUAACAAAACGGAGAAGACGAAGCAACGGAUUGACACACUCUAUGCUGAAAAUCAGGAAAUGGAGCAACGGCUUGGAGAAAUGCGCCGCGCCUUGAAGGCUAACGAGGCGGAAGUAAAGGAGAAGGUGAGGCGAAACGAUGAACUUAAGGCGCGCCUUCGAGAACUCGGUAAAACCCAGGAGCGGGUAGCGGAGACUCUGGAGCGAGUCAAAGCCGACAAAGGACGGCAGCAAAACCGAUUGAAGGAAAAGAUGGAAAGAGCUGUCAGAACCCGUCAAGAGGUCGAUAAGCUGCGGCCAUACGUAAUGGAGAGUCCUGCAAGCCUCCAGUCGAGCCUCGCCGAAUUGUCGGAAAAUCUUUUACGGGAGAAGGCCCGAAUUGAUGCCAUGGAGAAACGGGCACGAGCCUUGCAAACCUCAUCAGACACUUUUACUGUGGUCAGCAACGACGUCCAAGCAUGCGUUAAACUUCUUGAGGAUAUUUCGGCGGAGCUGCACAAAGAAGAAGACGAAGAGCAUCGCGCUUUGCGGAACAAGGAAGCGAUUUCCGAGAGAGGUAACAAUGUUAGGGAAGUGGAGCAGACGGAGAAGUUGCUCCAGCGGCAGUUAUCAAAGUGGAACGAGAGGAUAGAAGCACUGCGGAAUACCGCUCAUGAGAAGGCGCAAGCGGCUCAGAAGCGGAUGGAAGAGCUUCGGGCCUUGCAGGUACAGCUCCGGGACGAGCGGAACGAGAAACAACGUGACAUGGAGCGAAGGAGGAUUAGGAUUGAACAGACAGAGAAAAAGAUGGCCGACUUGAAAGAAAACAUUGAAAGCGAAAUCCAGAGUGCACAUGAUGAGUACCUCAAGCUUGAGUCUCAUAUCAAACUAUACAUCACGGAGAUGGAAAAGACUCGGGAGCUCACUCUCGAGGCAGCCCAGUCUGCCGCCAUGUCUCGAGGAACGGGUAUAGGCACGUCAUCUCGCGAUAUUAGCGUCGCCCACAUAAAAAAGCUCCUCGACUCGCGCAGUGACCGGGACGUUUUAGACGGACUGCGACGGAUCAUCUCUUUAAUGUACCGCUCCGAACCCUCUGUACCUUUCUUCUCCGCCGUCGUAAAAAAUGUGGCCAGUGCGAACCUCGAGGUCAAGAAGCUGGUUUAUAUAUACCUCGUCCACCAUGCGGAGACAGAGCCCGACCUUGCUCUCCUGUCUAUCAAUGCGAUUCAGAAAUCGCUCACGGAUCAGAACCCCCAGGCCCGCGCUAUGGCGCUGCGCACAAUGGCUAGCAUUAGGGUACCCGUCAUAAAUCAGAUUGUUUCGUUGGCCAUCAAACGUGGGUGCGGUGACAUGAGCCCGCAUGUCCGGAAAGCAGCUGCGCUUGCUAUCCCCAAGUGCUAUAGGCUGGACCCCAGCACGCAGCCACAACUCAUUGGGUAUAUCGCGACACUUCUAGGCGACAGCCAGUAUUUUGUUGCUGGUCCGGCAGUCUCUGCAUUCCUCGAGGUAUGUCCGGAUAGGAUCGAUUUGAUCCAUAAGCAUUACCGGAGCUUGGUCAAAAAGCUUGUGGAUAUGGAUGAAUGGGGACAACUGGCUACUUUGCGUCUUUUGACUUUCUACGCUCGCCAAUGCUUUCCUCUAAAGACACGAAAAGUGCAGAAGAAUCCGGCAAAAUCGAAGGGAUUCUACGACGAUGACGAUGUGGAAGCUGAUCAGGGUGGAGGGGAGACGUAUGAAGUCCCCAUUUUGGACCCAGAUUUGGAUCUCUUUCUGCGGUCAUGCAAACUGCUUUUGCAGAGUCGCAAUGCCGCUGUGAUCGUCGCCGUUGCUCGGUGUUUCCUCUACCUUGCUCCUGCAGAAUACCUUGCUGCGGCCAUUGGUCCUUUGGUUGCUCUGCUUCGAAGCCCCCAGGACAUGCAGCUUAUUGCGUUAUACAACAUCGUGGUCGUUGCACUACGAUACCCGAAGCCCUUCACAAAGUACCUUUCACAUUUCUUGGUGCAUGCGUCGGACCCGUCUCACAUCUGGCGCCUGAAGCUUGAAGCUCUUACUAUACUCUUCCCCCACUGCGGCGAUCACUUCAAGAGCUUGAUCAUCAGUGAGCUUGAACAUUUCGCUCAAGGCGCUGAUCCGGACUUGGUACGAGAGAGCGUACGUGCAUUGGGGCGCUGUGCACAAGGUGACCCUAGUACCGCUGACAAGUGCCUCCGUAUUCUACUCCACCAAAUCACAAGUCUGGAUGACAAUCUUGUGUCGGAGUCAUUGACUGUUAUUCGACAUCUUAUCCAACAUGAUCCAGGGUCGCAUGAGCGGACAGUCAUCCAGUUGGUUAAGCACCUCGGGCUGACCACGAACCCCGAUGCGAGGGCGACCAUUGUGUGGCUGGUAGGGGAGUACGCAGGGAUUGACCAGGAAAGAAAUUUUGCGCCAGACGUCCUGCGGGUCUUGGUACAAAAUUUUGCGGACGAGUCGGAGCCUGUAAAGCAGCAGAUCCUACUGUUAGGAGCAAAGGUGUAUCUUCACCAUAUAUUGCGGAAUCCUCCGAAGGAGAAGCCUGAACCAGAGGAGCCUCAAUCGAAACCGGAAACGCAGCAGCAGCUGAACAACGAGUGGGCAGGCGGCGAUGACGAGCAACAAAUCGAGCAGCAAAUCGAGACGAACGGUUUGGAUGAAGAACAGCAUGAGCUCGAGGAAGAAGAUGCAAUGACUCUUCUCUGGCGCUAUAUACUACUUCUUGCUAGAUACGACACGUCAUACGACCUGCGAGACCGUGCCCGACUAUACAAAGCUCUUCUCUCUUCCCCCUCAACAACUCAAAUUGCGAAUCUGCUUCUUCUCGCCCCAAAGCCGGUCCCGCAUGCACCUAGCCCAUCUGAAACCAGAAGAGACCUACUACUCGGCUCAUCAACGCUUGUUAUCGGGAAUGACGCUGGACUUCACGGUCUGCGAGGCUAUGAAAAUAUACCAAACUGGGUAGAAGCAGGACAGGAACCUGACCCCAGCCUACGCGAGUCGAAAACUAAACUCGAUAAGCCGACUACAACAGCUGCUGCUACUGCAGGCGAGCAGCUUGAUAGAGCACUUAGGGAGCAUGAAGCGAGCGUUGCUGCCUCAAGCCGGGCGCAAGUGAGUCAGAUAAAAAAGGCGGCUCCUGCUGCCAAGAACAAAACUCUGGACCAGUGGCUUGAUGAACCUGAAUCCGAGACGGAAGAAGAGACUGAGUACGAGGAAGUGACAGACUCCGAGGAGGAAGAUGAAGAGGGAUCUACCGAAUACGAAACAGACUCUGAAGAAGAGGAAGAGGACGAAGACGAAGAGGACACUGACUCUGAUGAGCGCGAACAAUCUCGGCAGCUUCUAGGUUAG